AUGAUGGCCGAAACGGUAGUGACGGUGGAGACGCCGAACCGCAACGCUGGUACACCGGCGGCGACACCAGCGGCGGGCCAGGCUCAGGCCAAGCCGGAAUCCAAUCUCAACUGGCUGAAGUUCAACACACAGUACUUCAUCACCAUCCCGGGUAUAUUGAAGAUCGUGCAGGUGGUCUUUGGUAUCAUCUGUAUGGCGUGCGCAUCGCCAGCAUUAAUUGGUGGGACACACUUCUUCCUGUUUGCUGUCGUCACCUUCUUCAUCGCCACCCUGCUCUGGACGUUCGUGUACCUGCUCGGCAUACGCGAGGUUCUGAAUCUGCCCAUCAACUGGAUACUGACGGAGUUGAUCAAUACGGCGAUCGCGACACUGCUGUACUUCAUCGCCUUCAUCGUCCAGCUGGCCUCCUGGUCGAACCUGUACGGACGUGGCCGCGGCUCGAACAUUGCCGCUGGUGUGUUUGGUUUAUUCAACUUCCUCGCAUACGCAGCCGGCACGUACUUCCUGUACGUUGAGCACCGGUCCGCCGGUGUGUAA